CAGGGGAUAUAAAAUUCACAGAAAGUGUUUGAUAGGUUUGUGGAUGGCUGAAGGUCUCAUUGCACAGCCAAAAAGUGCUUGGCGAAUGGAAGAUGUUGGAAACAAGUACAUUAACGAGUUACUUUCGAGGUCUUUUCUACAGGUAGAAAAGAAAAAAGAUUGUUUUGUAAUGCCUGAUCUGCUCCACGACCUAGCCCAAUAUGUUGCAGGAGAAUUUACUUGUACCCUAGAGGACGACCUCCAACAGAAAGUAUCUGCAAAAACUCGUUAUGUGUCCUUCCCAGGAAACAAAAAUGUAAUUGCUGGGAGAUUGGAUGACUCUACAGAACUUGUGCAACUGAGAACUUUUCUAUUUUGCAAGUCCUCGGUCAUUCACUUGUCUUCUACUACAGAGGAGUUGUUCAAUGUUUCAGAACUGUUGCCCAAGCUGAAACGUCUGCGAGCACUUUCUCUGUCUUGUUAUCACAUGGAUAGAAUGACAGAUUCAAUUGGAAAACCUAAGUAUCUUCGGUAUUUGGAUCUUUCUUACACUUCAAUCACCCAGCUUCCAUAUGAUGUUGGCUCGCUGUAUAACCUAGAGACACUUCUACUCUCUCAUUGUUCUCGUCUCAAGGACUUACCGUCUAACUUGUGCAAGCUUGUCAAUUUGCGCUGUCUGGACAUCAAUGGAACUAAGUUAUCAGAGAUGCCUUUGAAUUUCAAUGAAUUGAAAGCUCUCCAGGUAUUGACGGAUUUUUUUAUAGGCAGAGACAGUGGAUCUCAGGUUAGUGAGUUGGGUGAGCUUUCAGAGCUUCAUGGUUCACUUACUCUUACAAAUCUGCAAAAUGUGAUAGAUGCUGCAGAUGCUUCACUGACAAAUUUGAAGAGUAAAAAAUAUCUAGUGAAAUUGCAAUUCAAAUGGACAACGGUGAAUCAUGACAUACAGAAUGAGACAGACGUGCUCCAUCUACUGCAACCACAUGAAUAUUUGAAAAAGCUCAUUAUCAAGAACUUUGGUGGUUCCCUUCCUAUCUGGUUGGGAAACUCUCUGUUAUCUAACUUGGUGUUUUUAAAUCUCAUUGACUGAAUUGCACGUCCCUCCCAUCUUUGGGACAGUUGCCUUCUCUCAUGGAGCUGCGCUUAACAAAAUUCAAUAGUUUGCAAAUGAUUGGUCCAGAAUUCUAUGGGAACCUGAUUGAACCUUUCAGGUCACUGGAAAUCCUUAAGUUUGAGGAUAUGCUGCAGUGGAAGGAAUGGCUGCCGGUUGUAGUUGAGGGUAGAGAAUUUCCUUCACUUGUACAACUUCACGUGAAAAGAUGUCCCUGGCUUACUGGAAAGCUACCAAGCUGCCUAAUUUCCUUGGAAAACCUGUUGAUUUCUGGAUGUCCAAACCUAGAGAAUUCGCUGCCAAGGGUUCCAAUGUUGAGAGAACUAGAGUUAGCAGACUGCAAGAAGUUGCAACUAAUCCAGAUUGGGGACUCUGAGAACAAAUUUGCUUCCCUUGAGAAAUUACAUUUAAAGAGUAGCUGUGAUUCUCUUGUCUCUUUUCCAUUCAGCUUCUUCACUUCUCUCCAAGAACUCCAUAUCCAAGAUUGUGGCAGCCUCAAGUCCUCCUCAAUUUCAUCAGAGUGUCUACAGACUUUGAAACUUAAGGAUUGCCCAAACCUGGUCUGCCUCUCUGAAUGUCUUCCUGCUCCCAAACUCCAGUCACUCUCCAUCAGUAGACUUAUGAAGCUUUCAUUGCUGGACCAUAUUCAACACCUUACUUCUCUUGAGUAUCUGAAGAUCAAGGAUUGUGAUCAGCUUGAAUCUGUACCUCUGCAGGGACUGGCGGACUCCCUUCUUACUCUUAUUGUUAAGGGAUGUUCACUGCUAAAGCCUCUGCUUGAGAGGGGCACAAAUCGGAAGCUUCUCUCUCGCAUACCCCAUUCAACCAUUGUGGAUUAAGCAACAUCACAGAACUCCUACUUUCAGUGCAGUUUGCAGUUUGUAAUAGAUAACAUAAAAGACCCAACCAUACUUCAUUUCCAGUUGCUAUGUCGAAGGAUAAAGACCACCAAUCUGUCAUGCACCUUCAAAUAUCUUUUAGCCGUAUGCAGUGCAGCUUCAUCUGUUUGUCGCAUGUUUUUUAUUUCUUAGCUGGUAGGGCUUUCAACGAGCAUGCUUGCGAAUGGACAUGAAAUGUGAUGGCAAUUCAGAGAAAGAUGUUUGAAGCUAACGAAAGUAGUGUGGAUGAGGCUCCCACUUGGACUAAUUAUUACAGUUGUAGCUUGCCUUUAUGUCUUCUGGUGGCAAGAAAUAGGCUAUUUUAGUCCACUUGUGAAAGCUUUCUUGAUCAAUGGUUUUGCAUUUUGGAGCUGGCUGAGCCUUUGUAUAUUCUUUAAUAGAAUUUGGUCUUGCUUGAAUUACUGCUGAUGGUGGAGACAGUAGCUACUUUUUUACAGUGCUUGACGAUGUAUAUUGUCAAGCAAACUGUAAUUGUAAGAGGCCAGUGAUUUUGAUCUUUACCUUCCUUGUCGUUAAGCAGACAGAUUGUUUUUUCUAUUAUUCUUGCAACAUGCUAAAGACAGUGGAUCGUCAGACCAAGUAUUGUAUUCUACUUUGCUCAUUUAAACAACUACAUUCUUGAUGAAUUGAAGGCCGUUCAGAUGAAUCAAAGCAAUUCAAUGACCAACAGCAAUCACAGAAAGUAAAGUCAUAGAAAAUCAAGAAAAUGAUUAAAUUAAAGUCAUAGAAUUGAUGGACUGAAACGAAGAAGCUAUCAUGGAUCAACUCUUCUAUAAAUUUCAGCUUUACGGUGGAGAUCCAGAAACGUUUUAUAUCUCAAACAGAUGUCUCCCUCUAAAUGCAGCUGAUUCAGAAUUUAAUGAUCAUAGUACUUGUAUGGUUGGAUACACCAUAUAAUCAAGCUGUGUAUGGCCUUUUGGACAAAUUAGGUAGCUUAGUGGUGAGACUUGUCUUACCUUUUGAAGAAAGUUCAUAUGCAACAUGUGCAAGGUCUGCUUCAGAAAUGUGGUUUGGUCAUUCCUGGAAGGACAAAAUCCAGAAAAAAGCGGGAAACUAAGAAAGUGCCUCACAGAGUCCCUGAAGUUAGUUUUGUUGAUAGGUGCAUGACAGAUUGAUGGCGUCUUUAUCCUUCGACAUCGCAACUGGAAAUGAAGUAUGUUGUCUAUUACAAACUGCACUGCACACAGCUGCAUUAAAGAAAGAUGACAUGAUGAUAAAUGAAUUUUAUCAUACAUCAAUGGAAGCGCUCUACUUGCCAUAUGUGGUUCUUACGUUGACUUUUUCUCCAUACAAACAUCAUCAACCCCACAUUUGGUAAUAUGUGAUUGAUUAUUGUAUUUAUUGAGACACAUGCUGAGAGGAUAAUAUUUUUUUGUUUGAUUCUGAUUUAUCAAAUCUAAUUGUUAUUUUUUAC